AUCCGCCUAUCCCAUCCCAGUGCGCGAGCAGCGAGCUGAAAGUUUGGCGUCUUCACUUCUCAAAUCUCGCCCGGAAAUUUUCACUCUGGCUUCUUCACCAAUAAUAUUUACAAUCCAGACGAUUCCGGAUUCCGUUUCGGCAACGAUGGGACCACUCGAUAAGCCCAAAAGUGCGUCGAAUGAGCAAAAGGAGGAAUUGGUGCGGAUAUUCGAGGAGUACAAUCAGAGGCCGAAGCAGGAGAAUGCCGAGACGGAUUACAAGGAACGGCAGCGGUUCUGGAUUGAGGCCACCCAUCGGCUGAACAAAAUUCCCGGGGGAACGAUGAAAUCGACGGCCAAGUGGGUCAAAUAUUGGGCGGAUGUCAUUAUUAAUUUGAAGCGAAAGUGCAAACUGGUCAUCGAGGGACGUUCCAAGAAGAUUGGUCCGAGUCCGCUGGAGGUGCGAAUUCUGUCGGCAGCCACCUGCUACGACGUGCUGGAUUUGUGGACAAAGGCUUUGUCGUCGGAUGGGAUCGGGGUGCUGGAGACUUCAAUGUCCGGGGAUGUUCACGAGGAGUAUUUUCCGGAUGAUUCCGGGGUUCAGAAGGAGGAAAUUGUGAUCGAACACUACGCCAGUGACGAUCCGCUGGACGAGGAAUUUGUGGCGAGCUUCUCCAAACCGGUAGAUCAUUGCGAAGAUCACAGCCAGGAAACGUCGGUCACAACGGAACUGGAAAUCCGCAAGCCCACGGUGGAAGAGCUGAAGAAUUUGACCAACGCAGUUACGACGGCGGAAUACGUCGAGUUGACAACGUCGGCCGCGUUGGAGGCGAGCACCAGCGAAUUCCUCAGGCCCAAAGUGGUCCACCGCAGCGUGACAUCGUCGGCAUCGACUUCGACGUCCACUCCGGUCAACGUUGCUGCUGCUUCUGCCUCGACCGACCGAUUGCGGGAAGAUCUCAAGCGGACCUCCGAGAAGCUGGAGUCGGUCAUGAAACGGCGACGGUUGGACGAUUCGAAAUUUGCGAUCGCACAGGCCCUCACCAACAUGUCCGCGGCGUUGCUGCAACUCUCGAACGGGAUGAACGAGCUGGCCAACGCGCUCACCAACGAUGCAAUGUAGAGAUUUUCCCCCUCGAGAUUUAGAGUAGAGAGCUGUGCGAGUGUGAAAGUCGAUUAAAGUUUAUCUUCUAAGUGUAGACGAUCGAGCGAUUUACUGGCCGAAUGUCCACUGUAACUAGUUGUAA